UCAUGCUGCUGCCAGGUCCUGGAGUGUCUCAUGGGUCCCUGUACGCCCCCCUCCCAUUGCUGCUGUCUCCAUCACCACAAUCUGCCAUGUGCCACUUUCAGGUCUCCUCACACUGCUGGUGCCCAGGUCCAUUGUUUUGUCAUGGGUGCUGGCAGAUUACGGGCCUCCCAUGCUGCUGCCAGGCCCGUAAUCUGCCAUGGGCCCCUGUACCGCCUCCUCAUGCUGCUGCCAGGUCCGAGUGUGUCUCAUGGGUCCCUGUACGGCCUCCCAUUGCUGCUGUCUCCAUCGCCACACUCUGCCAUGUGCCACUUUCAGGUCUCCUCACACACACUGCUGGUGGUUCAUUUUGU